AUGGCUGAUCAAGACCCAUACCUGCCGCACCUGUUCAUGAAUCCUGGUCCAGCUCCCAGGCCACCUAUCAGCCCAGCACGGCCCGCCAAGGGGCCCACGCAUGUCGUCGUCGAUAGCAGGCCCAGCUCGCCCCUCACUGGCACCGCCAUCUCGACAUACACCGGCUCGACUGUGCCUCUUCAAGUCGCCCAGCGCAAGCACAACAACGGCGCCGGUUUCGAGUCCGCCCCUUCUGGGAGACGCGGUUGGGCUGCCGUCCGCGAGGGUAGCUUCCUCCAACCCUGGAAGCAGCGUUUCCUUGUCCUGCGCAAGGAAUGGAUCGACUUUUCCAAGGCCGACGGCGAGAAGCCUGUAUACACCCUCUUUCUCAAGGACAUUGUCGGCGUCGGCCGCGUCGAGACAGCGACGCCCACCUUUGAAGUUCGCCGGCGCAUUGAUGGACCGUCCAACAGCCCCGGUGACAAGGAUGGCGCUACCCGGAUCCUGCAUCUCAGGACCAAAACCGAGUACGAACUCUACACCUGGAUGGACUUUAUCUACAACUCCUGCCCCGAACUAGGGGGGGUGAGCAACCCCACCAACUUCUCGCAUGCCGUUCACGUCGGCUUCGACGCGCAAACCAGAGAGUUUGUUGGCCUGCCGGUCGAGUGGACGCAAUUGCUCAAGGCCUCGGCCAUCACUAAGGAGGACUAUGCGCGAAACCCGCAAGCCGUCAUCCAAGCCGUCGACUUUUACUCAGACCUGGCCAAACGCUCUGAUAACCCCGACGAAUUCCUGGCGCUCUCCCCGACUCACAUUGCCGAGCCCCAGAGCCGCGACAUUAGUCCAGCACGGCCACGGGCCAAGGCCGAUGCGCCGGCAUCACCGCUGCCGCCCAAGGGGACUCGGCCAGCACACUCACCCGUGCAGAAACCAGACACUGUACCCGAGCAUCGCCCGGCUCCUCGACCGCCCAAGCCGCCCCCUUCGGAUCUUCAGGUGGACCCUUCCCUGUUUCCACAGCCACCGCGGCCCCAGGGGCAAGGACCGGCGAAGCUGUCGCCAUGGCCGGUGGCUAGGACCGCGGAUACAAGCGCGGGGUUAAAACAGGUACAACCAGCGGAGCUCAAACCGGCAGGGCCCAAGGUCGCCGACGCCAAACCGGCCGACAAUGGCGUGACUCCGAUCUCCGUGCCGUCGAAGCGGCGGCAGGUUCGCCACAUGAGGACUUCUGAGGCCGACCUCAUUGCCAGACUUCAGGCCGUCGUCUCGGAGGAUGACCCCGAGGUCUCGUAUACCCGUCAAAAAAAGAUUGGUCAAGGCGCCUCAGGCUCAGUAUAUGUGGCCAAGAUCAAAGACGCCGCCAUUGGCGUUGCGCGAGACAUCCGUGCCGAACGGGGGCGCGGCGCGCGUGUCGCCAUCAAGGAGAUGAACCUGGCGCGCCAGCCGCGAAAAGAGCUUCUCAUAGACGAAAUCAUGAUUAUGAAGGAGAGCCGGCACCCCAACAUCAUCAACUUUCUCGACGCAUUCCUGCUCAACGACAACAGGCAGCUCUGGGUAGUGAUGGACUACAUGGAGGGUGGGGCGCUCAUCGACAUUAUAGACAACAACCCGUCCAUCUCUGAGGCGCAGAUAGCGACCAUUUGUCGAGAGACGUGCAAGGGCCUACAACACCUGCACUCUCAGGGCAUUGUGCACCGCGACAUCAAGAGCGACAACGUGCUGCUCGACAAGCGCGGCCAUGUCAAGAUUACCGACUUUGGAUUCUGCGCCAAGCUGACCGAGCGACGGUCCAAGCGCGCGACUAUGGUAGGCACGACGUACUGGAUGGCGCCCGAGGUGGUGAAGCAGAACAAGUACGGGAAAAAGGUGGACAUCUGGUCGCUCGGCAUCAUGGCGAUUGAGAUGAUUGAGCUGCAGCCGCCAUAUAUGGACGAGGAGCCGCUGCGGGCGCUAUAUCUCAUCGUCACCAACGGCACACCGCCGCUACGCGACCCCGAGAAGCUCAGCCCGGCUCUCAAAGACUUUUUGGCAGUGUGCCUGCGGGUCGACGUAGAGCAGCGGGCGACGGCGGACGCGCUGCUGGACCACUCGUUCCUGGAGCUGGGGUGCCCAACGGGGGAGCUGAUGCCACUGAUGGCGUUUAAGAGGUAG